GCAGCAUGAGAAAGUAUGUUACAUAUGACGGCCACACAUUAUUUGACUUGGGAUGUAGUCUUCCUGAGUCAAAUAAGUGCGGGUCUUCUGGGAGCAUAAUUUUUGGAAAGCGAGAAAAUGAAAGAUUAGACAGUAACUCUACAAACAAAAACCAGAAUGUGCAACACCUGUCAGUGAAGUCUCGAUCUCUGACUGGUGAGAGGGAUAUCUGUAACCAAUGUUGUCACUCAGAUAUUUGUAAUGCUGGCUCACUCUGUGGAACGACAGCUUUUCAGCACACUGGAACUUUGUGUUUCGCAUGUAACUAUGAACAAGAUCCUUCCAGCUGUAAUGAUAUCACCCUGUGUGGCUCUGGCGAGGAAUGUUUUGUACAACAGCAUCCCGUUGGUCUUGGGCAAACAAGUGUAGCAUGGACAUCUUCAUGUCGACGAAAAGACGUGUGUCGCCUAAUUCAUCCAGUUCAUGGACCUAAAUGUACGAUUUCCUGCUGUGAUUGGGAUCUUUGUAACAGAGAGUGUGGAGCAGUGCAAGUUAACUAUUGCAGUCCGAAUCCAUGUCAACACGGAAAAUGCGUUAACAACAUUGCUGGAUAUACCUGCGCAUGUCUGCAAGGGUUUACUGGUCUUACAUGCAGUACACGUGUUGUAAUAGAUCAUUGCAGUCCGAACCCAUGCGUUCAUGGUACAUGCAAUAAUAACCUUUAUGGAUAUACCUGCACAUGCCAAUCAGGAUAUACUGGUACAACAUGCAAUUCACAUGUCGUGCAGCCGCCAUUAUCUGGUAAUUGUAAAAAUGGCUGGGAGUAUCUUUAUACUGGUAAAUCUCACCACUGUUACUAUUUUAGUUCAUACGUAUUGUCAUGGGAUAGCGCCGAGUCAUGGUGCAGAAGUCACGGUGCAAGACUUGCAGUAAUAAAAAGUUCUACUGAAAGUCGAAUGCUAGCGUCAAAAGCCGAGAGAAGUCAUACUUCACACGGAUGGUGGAUUGGUGCAACAGAUAGAAAAAGGGAAGGACAUUGGGAGUGGACAAGCGGAGAAUCAGUGACACAUUAUACUGACAACUGGCAUCAGGGAGAACCAAGUAACAAAUAUCACGACGAAGACUGUAUGGAACUAAAACAGCAAUUUGGUUGGCAGUGGAAUGAUGAAACAUGCAGUACUGAACAUUUGUUUAUUUGUAAACAUUAAAAUGUUUCCCUCUGUUUCCCUUA